AUGUGUUCUCAAGAUUGUGACAUUACAAAGUGUGUUAAAUGUGAUAUUAAUGGAAUGUGUGAAAUGUGUGAAGAGCCAUACACUCUUGACAAAACAACCAAUAAAUGCAAACUGUGCUUUGAUGAACACCAAAACAGUGGCAAAUGCUCAACAACAGAAAAUUUGAUUGAAGUUUGUGAGUCAAAAAGAUUUUAUUUGGAAGACGGUGUGUGUCAAAAAUGUGACACUACAUUGAGUGACUGCCAGUUGUGCGACAAUUCAACAACUUGUAUAUUGUGUUCCACUGGAUUUGUGUUGGAUGUAAACAACAAAUGUGUUGCAAAAACAACUUCGAUGAGCAUUAAAAGAGCAACAAACUGCGAAUCCAAUCGACAGAUAUUGGAUACUGAAAGGAAAUUGUGUUGA